UUAUGCCCGGCUUCCUUUGGUUGAGCUGGGAGCGGGGAGGGCAGGGCCACAAAGCCCUUAAUCCAAGCGCAUUAGUAAGCCAUCGAGCGAGCGUUGACUCAGCAGCGUCUCCAAGCCCUGUGCCCCUGGAGAGAAAAGGGGCAGGAGACCCGUCUCUGAUGGCCAGCCGUCCACCUCCCACCAGGGGAGGAAGCGCCCAGGGACUGGGACUUAUCAAGGCAGAGAGCCGCUGAGCCACACUGCCCUCUCCGUGGACAGAUUAGAUAGAAGCACAGCCCUGAAGGAAAUGGAGAGUUUCCGGAAUGCGGAUGGGAUUUGGUGGGAACGUCAGUCAUUUCGAUGGCGAGGGCUUUGUCUAAAAGCAGAUGCUCGGGAAGACCCCUAAAAGGGGACCGAGCUGGGGCUCAUGUGACGACGUUCCAGCCUGGCGCUGGCUCACACUACUGAGAAGUGGCAGGAAGGCGUUCAGAGACAUUUGUUUGAAUUUACUCCAACCGUCCUCUCUCCCAGAGACCUUUGUUCCAUUAGUCACGUGGUCUCGGCCCCUGCCCUUGUUCCCACUUGCCCUUUAUGUGCUGAGAGUGUGUGUAGUUCUUUCAAAGCCCUGUUUCUGUGUCAGUUGCCUGCCCUCGGGUCUGAUUUUGAUUCUGCUCUUCUCUCUGUGCCCCAGCACUCCCCCCAGAAUGCUCACCCCAGCAGAUUUCAUCAGGAAGGAGCCGAAGACCAUCCACGGAUACCCCAUGGUCUGUGCCUUUGCACACAACUGGGAGAGAAUUGAGAGGUUCCAGUGGAGGCCAGACGACAUUGUGAUUGCCACUUACCCCAAAUCUGGGACCACCUGGAUUUCGGAAAUUGUGGAUAUGAUUCAAAACGAGGGCGACACCGAAACGUGUGGUCGAGAUGCAAUUUACAACAAAGUGCCCAUGUUGGAGCUGUCUGUGCCGGGAGUGAGGACGUCAGGCACAGAGGCAUUAGAGAAGAUGCCAUCCCCCCGCCUUAUCAAGACUCAUCUGCCAGUUGACCUCAUACCCAAGGAUUUCUGGGAAAAUAACUGCAAGAUGAUUUACGUGGCAAGAAAUGCCAAAGAUGUGGCGGUUUCAUAUUACUAUUUUCACUUGAUGAAUAAAUUACUGCCUCACCCAAACUCCUGGGCAGAGUACCUAGAGAAGUACAUGACUGGGAAAGUGUCCUAUGGUUCCUGGUUUGCCCAUGUGAAGAAGUGGUGGGCUAAAAAGGAAGACUACCCCAUGCUCUAUCUCUUCUAUGAAGAUAUGAAAAAGAACCCCAAGAAGGAGAUCGUGAAGGUGAUGCAGUUCCUGGGGAUGAGCCUAGGUGACGAAGUCUUGGAGAAGAUCAUCCGUCAUACUUCAUUUGAAAUGAUGAAAAGCAAUCCCUUGUUGAACUUCACAAAGAUACCAAGUGCCAUGAUGGAUCAUGAUGCCUCCUGUCUCAUGCGCAAAGGAACUGUUGGUGACUGGAAGAAUCACUUCACGGUGGCCCAAAAUGAAAUCUUUGAUGUGAUAUAUGAGAAGGAAAUGGCUGGAACCUCACUAAAGUUCUGUACAGAGAUCUAAAGUGACCUGACUCUGAAAGCAGUGUUCUGGUGUUGUCAGUUGAAGGUGCUUGUGGCUAAACACACACAUCCCAUCCCAACUUUGUGGGUCCUUCAUGCCUUCUACAGGUUUCUGGCUGCCAGCACCCUUUUCAUAGCCUGGAUUCACCAUAGCAAGUCCCUGGCCACAAGGGAGAAUAGACUCACUUUUGCCUUGCCCUGAUGGCUCUGAAAACACUACACAACUCUCUUUCCCCUCUGUUCUUCUUCCUUUUUUCCUUUCUUCUUAUUUUCCCCUUUCCUCUACGGCCCUUCUUCUUUCUCCUCCUCCUCCAUCUCCUCCCUGCUUCUAAUAAAGGGCCUUCUAUGGCUCAGCAAUACAAAGAAA